AUGUCGGCGACUACACACUGGGAAGCCUUGUUAGCCUGGCUUCACCAGGAACAUGGCAUGAAAAUCGGCGAGAAUGAUCUGCGCGUCGAGUGUCGAUAUAGACCUGGCGUCGGUAACGGACUGUACGCGCUCAACGUCUGCCCACCCUCCACGACCCUGUUCACUGUCCCUGCGAGCGCGCUGCUGAAUAUCAAGACCUUGGUGAAGCGAUAUCCUCCUCGCACCCCUCCCUUGUCUGGCACGCAGUUGGUCACCCUGCAUCUAUUCUUACAUAGACCCGAGGGCAAUUCUGAAUCUAAAGAUCCUGCAUUUGGGCCAUACAUCUCCGUCUUGCCCAGGAAUUUCGACAGCCAUCCGCUGACAUGGCAAGUACGAAAUUCAUGCGCGGACUUACUGCAGCGCCUGCCUCCUUCGGUAUCGAAAGUACUGGAUAUAGUCGCUCGAAGGUUUCAAAUAGACUGGGAUACCGUCUUUGAGUACUUGCAAGAUCAUCCGCAUGUCAUAGACGCCUCUUCCAGAUCUGACCUUGACGCCUCUGUGAGCUUUACCAAGGACCCCACCACGGCGGAUGACUUCCUGUGGGCAUGGCUAAAUGUGAACACGCGAUGUGUUUAUCAACGUCUGAAGCCUACCGGCUCUGAUCCUGACAAUUUGACCUUGUGCCCGGUCUUUGACUUCGCCAACCACAGCCCAGAUCCACCCCAUUUGCUCCCUCUUCCAUCCAAUGCAGAGAUAUGGGGAACAGGGUCAAAACGGGGAGAGGCUUACGGCUUGCGGACGCCACCUGAUGCCAGCUUCGAGAAGGACCAGGAGUUAUUUAUCCAGUACGGUGCGCAUGCGAACAAGACUCUGUUCGCAGAAUAUGGCUUCGUCAACGCCAUGCCCGAGGGUCAUGUCUUGAAGGGCAUAAUUAGUGGUGAAGUCGACCUACAAGACGUACUAGAGGAGAUGUUGUUGGCGCGCGGUGCGGCGGGGCAGUGGAUAAAAAGUGCUCUGGAAGAAGAAGGAUACUGGGGGGACUGGACUGUACACUCGUCUCCGAAGCCCGCUCACCCAUCUUUCCGCUUGAUUAGCGCGUUGCGACUAUAUCACAGCGUUCAGGUACCCACAACAAGUAUACCACGCAAUCCAGACGAGGUACUAGACAGGUGGAGGGACACGUUGAUGGGCCGGCACGAUAGCAUAUCCCCAGAGAAUGAGCAGGCUUGGCGAGGGACAUUGCUCGACAUAUGCAGGAAGGUGAUUAGAAGAGCACGGAAAACCCUGGAGGAGAUGAAUAGCAGUAGACCAGAGCAGGACGCCGACGGGUGGCGGCAGUAUGCGCAGGACUGCAUCAAAACAUUGUGGCGGGAAGAGCUGGAAGUAGCAGAGGCUGUCAUCGUGAGUGUAGUGAAUGGAGAGGAAUUCUGGUAG